UUUUCGCAUGGCCCCUGAAUUCCAUUAUCUGCCUUGUGUUUUACGGGACACGCUUUCUAAGCUUUAAUUCCUACGAAUAAGACUUGGGAGACUUGCUUUUGGCUUUGUAGUAAAUGCUAAUUGGAAACUUUACCUGAAUCCUACAUGAUUUACAUUUGGCUUUGGUUAGUUUACAGGAAAUUGAACAUUCUUCUUUACUUUAUUUUCCAAAUUAAUUAAUGUAGUUGGUAUAGAUGAUUGACUGAGACUCUGAUCAGAUUAGCACUGUCAUGCUCACCAGUUGGCUUUAAAUUGUUAUUGCAACUCUAUUUCCUCCAUUCAUUUCACUCUUUUCUACGGUUUCUUUCACCUAAAUUUCAUCUCUACCUAGUUUUCCCUAGCAAGUGAUAUUCUUACAUGCAAAUGGCUCCAAACACAAGACUUGGCUGCAAAGUAUUGCUUCAUAUUUUGUUGUGGUCAUUGUUGGGUGCUGUCAGUAUCUGCUCAGAGGACGAUAUCAGGUGCUUGGAAUCUAUAAAAGAUUCCUUGGAUGACCCUCAUGACCGCUUUAAAUCUUCAUGGACCUUCACCAGCAAGACCGCGGGUUUCAUCUGUGGAUUCGUUGGGGUUGAAUGCUGGCACUUGGACUCGAAUGAAGUGCUAAACAUCAGUCUAACCAACAUGGGUUUGAAGGGCCAGUUUCCUCUCGGCAUUGAGAACUGCUUGAGGUUAACAUGGUUAAACCUUUCAAAUAACGAGCUUUCAGGACCCAUUCCAUCAAAUAUUUCACAAAUCCUCCCUUUUGGAGCUGCACUUGAUCUCUCCUUCAACAGAUUCUCUGGUAACAUACCAAAACAAAUAUCAAAUUGCAGUUUUUUAAGUACACUGAGACUUGACAACAAUCAACUAACUGGCCUUAUUCCGCCAGAACUUGCUCUGCUAAACCGGAUCAAGAAAUUCAGUGUUGCUAACAAUCAAUUAUAUGGUCCGGUCCCUAACUUUUCUUUUAGCGUGAGUUCCUAUGCAGGUAACCAGGGACUAUGUGGUUUCCCUUUGGAGCCCUGCAUUAAUAGACCUAAUUUCAGAGACUCCUUCAAAAAAGGUUUUGUGAUAGGUUAUGCCUUUUCUAUAGUUUCAGUUAUAAGUAUUUUUAUGUCCUACUGUGUCCCCUGGGUGCACCGGAAUGAGAGGAAAAAACAGCUGCGGCCAUUUAUGUUGAAUCCGAUAUUGAAUAGGAGGAGAAACAAGAGAAAACAUUCCCAUCAGACAAGCCAAAUGCUACAUCUGGAUCUCCUAGAUGAAGCCAGCAGAGAGACUUCUAUGCUGGUGAAACUAGUUUCAAGAAUGAGUUAUACAGAUCUCAAGGAGGCAACAAACGACUUUAGUGCAGAUAACAUCAUUGGAUUUGGACAGAUGGGGACAACCUACAAGGCAACAUUGUCUAAUGGUUGCCUUCUGGCAAUUAAGAGGUUAUUUGACACACAAAAGUUUGAUGAGCAUUUCAUAACCGAAUUGAAGACACUGGGAACAUUGAGACAUGAUAACCUGGUGCCACUCCUUGGAUUCUGCAUAGAAUCAAGAGAAAAGCUUCUGGUUUACAGAUAUAUGUCGAAUGGCAAUCUCUAUAAUUGGCUGCAUCCUUCAGAAGAAGGUGAGGCAAAAAUCAUUGAGUGGCCAUUGAGGGUGAAAAUUGCAUGUGGGAUAGCAAGAGGUCUGGUUUGGCUCCAUCAGAACUGCAAUUUCCGUGUAAUCCAUCUUGAUAUCUCUUCAAAGUGUAUCUUACUUGACCAGAAUUUCAAACCCAAGAUUUCGAAUUUCGGAGAGGCAAUGCUAAUGAAAUCAAAUAACACUGACUGGAGCAGUAGCUUCUAUAUGGAUAGUGAGUUUUGGGAGAUGAGUUUUGUCAAGGAAGACGUUUAUCGGUUUGGAAUUUUGCUUCUUGAACUGAUCACAGGGAAGGAUCCAAGUCAAUUGACCAAUUCCUCAAACACUGGUAAAUUGGUGAAGAUUGAUCUGUCAACAAGUUCUAAUUUCUAUCAUGUCAUUGAUAAAUCUUUGAUUGGGCGAGGCUUUGAUCUUGACAUCUUACAGAUUCUUAAAGUUGCAUGCAACUGUGUUCAUCCCAAUCCUGAUAGAAGGCCAGCAAUGCUUGAAGUCCACAAAACUAUAAGUGCUGUUGGCAAGAGAUAUGGUGGCCUUAAAACCGGCUCUAAGCUAACUAAGGUCUAACGGGAUGGUUGAUGAAUGCAAUGAAUAUUAUUCUAUCAACAUAUCAUAUGAUCGUUGGUUAAAGAUUGUGUUUCAAUUGAGUAUUGUCUAAUUUUUAUAAUAGAUUAUCAAUGCAGCAUUAGUUUAAUAAAAAUUUUUGAAUUUACAC